AUGAGUUACAGUCACCCGAAGCGGUCGGCCUAUGGGUCACUGCGCCGCUCCCGCUCGUCCAGUACCUUAACAGGCCUCAACCAGGCUCGGCGCAGUCGCAACUGCUUCCAACGCCGCCCUUUGCGUUCCUCCCACUCCACGCAGUGCCUCUUUCCUUCCACCAUCGGCGUCGAUGCCGACGCAGUGGAGGAAAUCCCGCCAACGGGCUACGCCUCUCUGACCACGUCGACCUACGUUCGCUUUGACGAGGUAUACGAUAGCGAUUCCGAGUACUCCGAGUACGACCUGGUGAAUGAGCAAAUGCAGGAUUUCUUACUCGAUUCAGACGAUUCUCUGCAGGGUGUGAACUGCGCGGACGGUGUGCUGGGGAUCGGCCCCUAUUGUGUGAGCGGCUUUGUGCCAACGGAGCCGACGGAGCCAACCGAGGCGCUCCAUUCCCGUCUGCGACGACGCACGGCGACACCGCAGCGGCGGCGCUUGGCGAAAAAGUCCGAGAGCAGCGCCGCACUUUCGGCGGCGCCGCGCGUGACGCCGAGCUCCAGCACAACCUUACUGAGCGAUCUGGACACCAACCUGCGAGAAACCGUGACGAUGGUAGGCCACACACACCUGCGCAAUCGCAAGCAACGCCGCGCCGCAGCCGGAGAUCGACGCUUCCUUGUCCCGGCACUCGCGCCGCUUUCAGGUGACAACGCGUACCAAACGGAAGUCGGUCUGCCGCUGUUCACCGUCGUCUUUGAUCUUGAUGAAACACUGGUGGGUGCGCGAAAUGGCCUGAUUCAGCCACGACCCCAUGUCGGCACUCUUCUCCGCGCACUGCACGCGCUGCCUGUCGAGAUCAUCGUCUGGACCGCCGGCACGGCCCACUACGUCAACCCAAUUCUACACGCACUCGGCCAGGCGUGUGGACGGCGCGAGUGGUUUCAUCACAUUAUUAGCCGUCACAAGCGCUGGUACAGCGGGGCGAACACAUCUGUGAAGGACCUCACGCAGCUGGGCCGUCCCAUGGACCGCGUUCUGAUGAUUGAAAAUAACCCAAUUUCCGUGGUGCAGCAGCCAAACUUGUGCAUUCUCGUGGAGGACUACCUGCGGGCAAAUUCCACCGACGAGUCGCUGCUGGUUCUGCAGGGCGUUCUGGAGCGGCUGGUGGAAGCGCACCGGAAGGCCGCCCCGCCGUCGGCGGUAAAGAGGGGCGUCAGUGCCAGCUCCUUAACCUACGCGACACUCGAGCCUGGUGGCGCUUACCGCACCGACGAGUCUCUGAGUGCGCCGCCUCUGUCAGCGUUGCUGGCGCACGACGCGGCGCUGCAGACCAUUGAGUUCCGCAUGGACGAUGUCUGCAACGAGGACGGUGUCUCGAUGAACCAAAAGGUUGAAUUGCGGGAGCGGGUUAGUGGUGCUGAGACUCUGCUCUGCCGUGCGCUGCGUUACUCGCCUUCGCUUCCAUCGGCGCUGCCGCUACCGCAGGCGCAAACGUCCGUCUCUGUUCGAAGCUACGGGUGCGUGAGACCGAUGAUUCCGCUGUGA